AUGAACCAAACUCGCGUUUUUUCCACGUAUCUACGGAGUACGACUUCAACUUGUUCAGGAACAUGUACGAAAAUAUAUAAUGUAAGAAAUACAGCAUUCGCGUUUGCUGCAUCAAAUGGUUACCAACGACGGUGGAAGGCUACAGCUAUAAGUCCUUCACACCACCCCCAGCCUCAAACGACUUAUCUUCCACCCCCACAACCGCGUAAAACACAAAUUCCAUUACCUCCUAAGCCCACGCCUUCUCCCACAACUCCAGCCUAUGAUAAUUCAUUUGUAGGUUUAACUGGUGGCCAAAUUUUCCAUGAGAUGAUGUUGCGUCAUGGAGUAAAACAAGUAUUCGGAUAUCCUGGAGGCGCAAUUCUUCCAGUGUUUGAUGCUAUUUAUAAUUCAAAACACUUUAAUUUCGUUUUGCCGAGACAUGAACAGGGUGCUGGCCACAUGGCGGAAGGCUACGCGAGAGCCAGUGGUAAGCCUGGCAUUGUUCUUGUUACUUCUGGACCUGGUGCAACGAAUGCCAUAACACCCAUGCAAGACGCUCUAUCAGAUGGUACGCCUCUAAUUGUGUUUUGUGGUCAAGUACCUACUAGCGCCAUUGGAACUGACGCGUUUCAGGAAGCUGAUGUUGUUGGUAUCAGUCGUGCAUGUACAAAGUGGAAUGUAAUGGUAAAAGAUGUUGCGGAUCUACCGCGUCGUAUCACGGAGGCUUUCGAAAUCGCCACCACCGGUCGUCCGGGUCCGGUACUUGUAGAUCUUCCCAAAGAUGUUACUGCUUCAGUGCUUAAAAAGCCUAUUCCAACUCAAUAUACACUUCCGUUUCGAGCAUUUAAUGAAUCUCCUGCCUUAGCCUCUUCUGUAACAAAUCAUCAUGUUAUUCUUCAAGCUGCUGAAUUAAUCAACAAUUCUAAACGACCUGUUAUAUAUGCGGGUCAAGGUGUUCUUGCAACAUCAGAAGGACCAAUGCGCAUGAGGGAAUUGGCUGCUCGUGGUAAUAUUCCAGUGACUACUACUUUACAAGGCCUUGGCGGGUUUGAUGAAUUGGAUCCUCUCAGCUUACAUAUGUUAGGUAUGCAUGGUUCAGCUUAUGCUAAUUUGGCAAUGCAAAAUGCGGACGUUAUUAUUGGUCUGGGAUCAAGAUUUGACGAUCGUGUAACUGGUCACUUGGCUCAAUUUGCACCAGAAGCUAAACUAGCAGCAAAAGAGGGUAGAGGUGGUAUCAUUCAUUUUGAAAUAAGCCCUAAAAAUAUUAAUAAGGUUGUUCAAGCUACUGCAGCAAUUGAGGGUGACGUAUCAGACAAUCUUGGCAGAAUUUUACCAUUAAUCAAAAAGGCAGAACGAAAAGAAUGGUUUGGACUCAUUGAUCAAUGGAAAAAGAAGUAUCCUUGGACAUAUGCCAAACCAAAAUCAGACGCGCCUUUGAAACCGCAACAAUUUAUUGAAGAGUUGGAUCGACAGACACAAGAUUAUAAGGAAAAGGUUCUUAUGACCACGGGCGUUGGACAACAUCAAAUGUGGGCAGCACAAUUCUUUAGGUGGAGACAUCCAAGAACUAUGAUUACUUCAGGUGGUUUAGGAACUAUGGGUUAUGGCCUUCCUGCAGCUAUUGGUGCCAAAGUUGCUUGUCCUGAUAAGAUUGUUAUAGACAUUGAUGGUGAUGCAAGUUUUUGCAUGACCGGAAUGGAAUUGGCAACCGCAGUUCAAUAUAAUAUUGGGGUUAAAGUAUUGAUUCUUAAUAAUGAUUUUCAAGGAAUGGUCAAACAAUGGCAAGACUUAUUUUAUGAAGAGAGAUACAGUCAAACUGAGAUGGUAAAUCCGGAUUUUGUGAAAUUAGCAGAGUCAAUGGGUGCUAAAGCUCUUAGAAUUCGUACUGAAGAAGAACUACCUAAUAAAAUAGCAGAGUUUUUAGAAUAUGAUGGACCCAUUGUAUGUGACGCAAUAAUAGAGAAACACGAACAUGUUUAUCCUAUGGUACCAGCUGGAAAAGGAUUGGCUAAUUGCAGAAUAUCAUCCAGAAUAUCAUCACAAAUUAGACUAGGAAAUCGAAUCCUUUUGUUUUCUACACAAGCAAUUACGAAAAAUGAUACAAUUACAAAAGACGUCACAACCGACAAUGUUAAAGAUGACAUGAAAUUGGUGUUCGAAAGUUCUAACUUCAGACUGGUCAGACUUUUAAAGGUUAUUUCGGUAUCAUUUCUUGGGGUUGCAUGUACCGUUGCACCGAUCUCUUUCUUUUACGUGGAUGAUCCUGCUUUCAAGUCAUUUGGUAUUACUAAGGAACUCAUGGCAGCCGCAUUCAUAGCAAGCGCAACGUCAACAUUCGUGAUUCACCAUUUUUUCUCUCGAUAUGUCACGAAAAUUUAUCUUCACCAACCUAAAACACAUCCUACAUUAUUUACACCAACUACAAUUAAUCCCUAUACAAAAAUGACAAUAGAAACUAGGUCUUUAUUCGCAUUACCUAAACUUACAACUGUAGAAUUACGACAUUUAAAUCCAAUGAAUCAAAGUUCUAUUACAUGGAGUGUAAAAAAAAAGUAUUUGAAUUUUUGUAAGAAAAAAGGGAUUAAGCCUCCUGUACAAAAAAAAUUUUGGAUUGAUUAUGAAAGUUCCAAGAAUGAUAAGAAUGAUGUGGAAAUCGUUAAAAAAAUUGUUAAUGUUAUUAAUGAAAGUAGUAGGAUAGAUAUGAUUUAA